CAGGGUGCAUUCAAGUGACACCGCGUCUCCGUCGAUUUGCAACAUUUUCGUCUCGAUCUGAUUGUGCGCAACGUUUCAACAACCGCGACUUUACGGCCGUAUACCCGCCUCUAGACUUUCGAUUUUUUCCCCCUACAUUUUCAUUUAAAAGGAAGCGGCGCACCAGCUGGCACCGGUUCGCGAACGCACGACUACUACCACACUUGUCGCUUCCUUCUCAAAAACGCUUUUCCGCGUUUGUACAUCGCUGAACGCGACAACGGUGUCAGCUUUCAGAGGACACAAUAGAGAUGAACUGACCGGCCGCGGCUAUUUAUUGAGAGCCUCACUGGAGGCGGCGGCAGAUGUGAGGAAGACAGGACACCGGCUCCACGGAAAGACAAUCAUGGCAGUGAACAUCCCUGGACUGGUGGCUGUUGUGAUCUUUUAUAUUGUCAUCCUGCUAACUGGGGUCCUUGCUGCUCGGAAAUCCAAGAAAGUAGAGAAAACAUGUUCUGGGAGCAAGAGCGAAGUUACCAUGGUUGGUGGCCGCAACAUCAGUGUCCUGGUUGGGGUUUUCACCAUGACAGCAACAUGGGUUGGUGGAGGUUAUAUUUUGGGAACCGCUGAGGUUGUUUAUUCUCCCAGUCAAGGUCUCAUCUGGGCCAUCGGGCCUCCUGCAUAUCUUACCAAUUUUCUUUUGGGAGGAUUGUUUUUUGCAAAACCUAUGAGGUCAAAGCGCUACGUGACCAUGUUGGACCCAUUUCAGCAUCGCUAUGGCAACAUGUUCACUGCAAUACUGUUGCUUCCUGCAAUGUUCAGUGAUGUAUUGUGGGUGGCCUGCAUCCUUGCUGCUCUGGGAGGAACGAUGAGCAUUAUUCUCGGACUGUCAUCUGAUCUUUCCAUCAUUAUCUCUGCAGCUGUCUCUAUCAUCUACACGUUUUUGGGAGGCCUCUACUCUGUUGCAUACACUGAUAUCAUCCAGCUUUGCUUCAUCUUUGUUAGCCUGUUUCUCUGUAUUCCUUUUUUGGUACUCAGUCCUGCAGUUGCUGGCAACUCACAAGCAGUCCACUUCAACCAAUCACAUAUAAGCUCAUUAAUUGGAGAGCUGCCGCUGGAAGAUUCAGGAAAAUGGCUGGAUGAGAUGCUCCUAUUGGCUUUGGGGGGACUGGCCUAUCAAGCUCUCUACCAGAGGAUCCUCUCUGCGGCCUCCUCUGCUCAAGCUCAGGUCACCUGUUUUGCUGCUGCUGCUUCGGUUUUUAUCAUGGGAAUCCCCUCAGUUGUCAUUGGAGCGCUGGCCGCCAGUGCAGACUGGAACCAGACAGCGUAUGGUCUACCCCCUCCUUUUGAGCGAGGGGAGGCAGGGAAGAUCCUGCCACUGGCCCUGCAAUACCUCACACCCACCUGGUUGUCAGUGUUAGGCAUUGGUUCUGUGGCGGCAGCAGUUAUGUCCUCCAUGGACUCUGCGCUGCUGUCCUCAGCAUCCAUGUUUACACAAAACAUAUACAAGGCGACAUUGAGGAAGCAGGCCACAGAGCGAGAGCUGCAGUGGGUGAUCCGUAGCAGCGUGCUGGUUGUGGGCCUGACAGGAACGGGCCUGGCCUUCAGCGAUGACAGUGUGUUCUCCCUCUGGCUGCUGAGCGGGGAUCUCCUCUACUGCAUGGUCUUCCCGCAGCUCAUCUGUGUGAUCUACUCCAGCUGCGCUAAUAGCUACGGCGCUAUUAGUGGUUACGUUAUGGGAUUGCUGCUGCGUGGGCUGAGCGGGGAUCCAGUGCUCGGGAUCCCUCCUGUCAUACUGUACCCUGGCUGGAGGGAGGAGGAUGGAGUUAUCACACAAUACUUUCCCUACAGGACUGUGGCCAUGCUGGGCUCAGUGCUAAGUAUUGUUCUAGUGUCCAAGUUGGUGGCGCUAGGCUUCUGCCACCAAGUAAUUCCUCAGUCCUGGGAUGUACUUAGGGUGUUUGAAGAGAGAAAAGAGGCUGAGGAGGAUGACCUAGCUCUGGAGGAAAAGAACAAUAUUUGUAAUACAAAACUGUAGUCUUAAAUUAAUUACAACCUCAGCCAAAGUAUACACAAACGUCUUUUUAUGCAAAUUCCUACCAACCUUCUCUGCACAGAAUAUUUACGCACACUUUUACAUGUACUAUAUACUACACAUGUUUAAUACUGAAGUAUUCGCUUAAUACGCUUUAUAUGACCAGCAGUGUAUUGAGAGUGAUUCAGGGAGGCGACUGAGACCAUUGUAUGUGUGGGAAAAAAUGAACAGAAUAAGGCUUAUUAUGAAGAAUUCAAGAUCUUAAUGUCAGUGUUCAUAUGGUCUUAAUCCUCUUAAAAACGGACCUCUUUCCUCAAUUGUUAGUCAGUUAACACAUUUUCUUAGUUCCUUAAGCUAGUCUUUUCCACUCACUCCUUUUUCAAUGAAUCGUCACCCCACUGGUGUUGUUUAAUUGUGUAACCAUUUGCUAUUGUCUUACUAAGAAGCUGUUUUGCCUCUUUGCACAAGGUAUAUAAAGCACCUAAGGGACAAAGCUGUGGCAAUAUUUGAGACAAUGAGGUUUUAGUGUCCCUCAGAAACGAGAAUUUUAGCAGGAAUUUCCUGUCAUUAGAAGUGUUUACUAUUAUUUUAUGUUUUAAAGGGAUUUUAAAUGAUGGACCAUUUACAUAUAGAAUUCCAAUUAGUAUAUUUUAGAUUUUUUGUGAUUGCAAGUUUUCAUAAAAAAAUAAUUAAACAUUAUCUGUUUCUAAUCUUUG